AUGCCACUCUACUCCAAGUUUCUCAAAGAUUUGCUGACCAAGAAGGGAAAAUAUAUCCACAGUGAUAAUAUUGUGGUGGAAGGAAAUUGUAGUGUUGUUAUCCAGAGGAUCCUUCCACCAAAGUAUAAGGAUCCAGGGAGUGUUACUAUCCCUUGCUCAAUUGGUGUUGUGUCAGUUGGAAAAGCCCUUAUUGACUUAGGGGCUAGCAUUAAUCUGAUGCCCCUAUCCAUGUGUAGAAGGAUUGGAGAGCUAGAAAUCUUACCAACAAGAAUGACAUUGCAGCUGGCAGAUCACUCAAUCACAAGUCCAUAUGGUGUAGUGGAGGAUGUGUUGGUCAAAGUGUGUCAAUUCACUUUCCCUGCAAAUUUUGUGAUAAUGGACAUUGAAAAGGACGUUGAAAUUCCACUGAUUUUAGGCCGUCCAUUCAUGUUAAUAGCCAAUUGUGUGGUUGAUAUGGGGAAAAGUAAUCUAGAGAUGAGUGUGGAUGACCAGAAGGUUACCUUCAAAUUGUUUGAUACAAUGAAACAAUUAAUUAACCGAAAUGUCUGUUCCAAGAUAGAGAGGAUUGAGAACGAGACAACUCAGAUUGCCAAAGAAAAGGUUUUGCAAGACUCUUAG